AUGGGGAAAAUUUAUUUUUACUUUCUGAUACUGGGAGUCCUCAUAGCAUAUUAUAUUUAUACACCCCUCCCAGAUAAUAUUGAGGAACCAUGGAAAAUAAUGCUGUUCAAUGCUCUUAUGAAAACAUCAUCAUAUCUGGCUCUGUUUGCUGAGAUCUUGGGAAUAAAUCACUUUAUGGAAUCUAUUGUAUUCCUUUCAAGUUUUCUAGAGGUUCCACCAACAUCAGAUGAAAAUGUAACUGUGAGAGAUACAACAUUUAACAACAUUCCUGUCCGGAUAUAUGUGCCCAAAAGGAAGCCAGAAUCAUUACGAAGGGGCUUAUUCUACAUCCAUGGUGGUGGCUGGUGUUUGAAUAGCAACGCUCUGUUUUCUUAUGACCUUCUGUCAAGAUGGACAGCGGACAGACUUGAUGCAGUUGUCAUAUCAACCAACUACAGACUAGCUCCAAAGUAUCAUUUUCCAGUUCAAUUUGAAGAUGUAUACACUGCAUUAAAAUGGUUUUUACACCCCAAAUUUCUUGAAGGUUAUGGUGUAGAUCCUGGGAGAGUUGGCAUUUCUGGAGACAGUGCUGGAGGGAAUUUAGCUGCAGUAGUUACUCAGCAGCUUUUAGAUGACCCAGAUGUCAAGGUCAAACUCAAGAUCCAGUCUUUAAUUUAUCCUGCCCUUCAGACACUUGAUGUAGAUUCACCAUCAUAUCGAGAAAACUCACAUUUUCCAGUUCUGCCCAAAUCACUCAUGGUCAGGUUCUGGAGCGAGUAUUUUACUACAGACAGAUCACUUGAGGAAGCCAUGCUGUCCAACCAGCAUGUUCCUGUGGAAUCGAGUCAUCUGUUCCAGUUUGUUAACUGGAGUUCCUUACUCCCCGAGAAGUUUAAGAAAGGCCACAUUUAUAAGAAUCCAACUCAUGGUAGUUCUGAGCUGGCAAAAAAGUAUCCAGGAUUCCUAGACGUGAGGGCAGCACCUCUGUUGGCUGAUGACAAGAAGUUGCGUGGUUUACCCCUGACCUAUGUCAUCACCUGUCAAUAUGACGUCUUAAGAGAUGACGGACUCAUGUAUGUCACCCGACUUCGGAAUGCUGGAGUUCAGGUGACCCAUAACCACAUAGAGGGUGCAUUCCAUGGAACACUUUCAUUUCUGCAAUUUAAUAUUGGUCACAGAACAGUAAAUCAGUAUAUUAGUUGGCUACAUACAAAUCUGUAG